AUGGAGAAACCAGAGAGAACCUCACGCCUAAGAAUUUUCGAGAAGCCACUCCUUGGCUUGUGGUUGGGGACUUUAAUGUGGUUUUUGAGGUUACUGAUAGAGUUGGUGGAUUCUCAAAAAUGGAGAGCCUUAGGGUUGGUUGAUGAGAUGCGCACUAGAGGUUCACACUUCACUUGGACAAACAAGCAAGCUAAUGAGGACAGAAUCUACUCUAAACUGGACCGAAUGUUUAUAAAUGAAGAUUGGUUGGACUCAUUCCCUCAUGCUGAAGCUGUUGUUAACUGGGAAAUGCUAUCUGAUCAUUGCUUUUGCAUUAUCAAAUCUGGAGCUGCCUUGAACUGUGGUGUCAAACCUUUUAGAUUUUUUAAUAGGUGGACUGAUCAUGAUAAUUUUAAAGAGACAGUGAUGCAGAGCUGGUGCAAGCCUAGUAAGGGUCAUGUUCUAGAAAGAAUAAUAAGGAAAUUGGGUAGGCUCAAGCAUGUCCUACGCAAGUUUAACAAGAGAACUGUGGAUGAUGUAGUGCAGAACUAUACUAUAGCUAAGGAGAACUACCAAGCUGCUCAAAUUUAUCUUCAAGGUGACCCUCACUCAACAGAAUUGCAAAGAGAGGAAAGGUUAGCUGGUGAGAUAUUCUCUAAUCAUGCUAGAAUAUAUGACAGCUUUCUUAGAAAGAAAAGUAAAGUUAAUUGGCUUCGUUAUGGUGAUGAUAAUAAUGCAUACUUUCACGCUUGUUUAAAACAGAGAAGGGCUUCUAACCGUAUCACUUCUUUUGUUAAUGAGACUGGUCAGUUAAUUGAGAGGUUUGAGGAUGUAGUGGCUCACUUUGUGAAUCACUUUCGAAAAAUUAUGGGAAGUCAGAGUAAUGCCUCGGUGCCUAUUCAGAGGUCUUGUUUCAGAUAUGGUAACAGUUUGUCUUUGGACCAGCAGAUUUGUUUGAUAAAGCCUUUUACUAAAAAGGAAGUGGAAGAUGCUUUGUUCAGUAUUAGUCCAAUUAAAAUUUCGGGUCCUGAUUGGUAUGGAUCAGGAUUCAAGGGGGCUUUAGAGGUAAAAAAAGGUCUACGACAAGGGGACCCUAUUUCUCCUUGGUUUUUUGUGCUAGUAAUGGAAUACUUUACUCGGCUUCUCUUUCAAGCUUCCCUAAACAAGAAUUUCAUAUAUCAUCCAAAGUGUAAGAAUCUGAAAAUUGUUAACCUUUGCUUUGCCGAUGAUUUGGUGAUAUUUUGCAAGGGAGCUUCUAACUCGGUUCAGAUAAUUAAAGAUUGUUUCACUGAGUUCAGUUUGGCAUCUGGUCUGUCAGCCAAUUUGGAGAAAUCUCAGGUUUUCUUUGGGGGUUUGGCUGAGUUAGAGACUAAACAGCUGUUAAAUAGGCUCCAAUUUACUGAAGGGUGCAUUCCUCUAAAAUAUCUUGGAGUUCCUCUUCGGACUACAAAAUGGAAGGCUGGCGACUGUGCUAUUAUUAUUAAAAAGAUCCAGCUGAAGCUUCACACUUGGUCUAGUCGUCAUCUCUCUUUUGCUGGGAGGGCUCAAUUGAUUAAUUAUGUUCUACUGGGUAUCCGAACAUUCUGGAUGAGUAUUUUCAUUCUUCCCAAGAGUGUUAUCAAGGAAAUAGAUCAAUUAUGCAGAAACUUUCUCUGGGGGUUCAAGGACAGUAACAGCAAUCGAAGUAAAAUGCAUCUUAUAGCCUGGGAUCAAGUGUGCCUACCUAAGAGCCUGGGUGGUCUUGGUUUUAAGGAAGGGUCCAAUUGGAAUAAAGUGUUACUAGCUAAAUUUUUUUGGGUUGUAUCCUCUAAACAAGACAUUCUUUGGGUGAAAUGGGUAGAUUCCAUUUAUCUUAAGGGGCAGAAUUUCUGGGAAUAUAAAAUCCAAUAG